UUUCGCUUCAAAGUCGUCUCCUCCUUCACUGAUCUCUCCCACACACACUCUCUCCUUCGCCCAAUUGAUUAACUCUCUCUUUAACUUCACAAUUGAUCACUCACAUCUCUUAUAUGUCAAAUGCUGGAUGAUUAAAAGAACCUAAAAUCUCUUUAUAAUCCAAUGGGGACCCGUUUUAGAUCCGGUUUUUGUGUUUUGAUCAUUGUUCUUUGUGUAAGCUUUUGUGGGCUUUUUUCUGUUCAUGGAGAGAAUAGAAGGCCUAAAAACGUUCAAGUUGCUAUUAGGGCUAAGUGGGAAGGCACUCCUGUUCUAUUGGAAGCUGGUGAAUUACUGUCAAAAGAACGGAGAGAUCUUUAUUGGGCAUUCAUUGAGGUUUGGCUUCAGGCAGAGAAUGAUGAACCUGAUUCUUAUACCGCUAAAAACUGUCUCAGAAGAAUCAUAAAACAUGGAAACUCACUUUUAAGUGACCCAUUGGCCUCACUGUUUGAGUUCUCUCUUAUUCUGAGAUCUGCAUCCCCAAGAUUGGUGCUUUACCGACAAUUAGCGGAGGAGUCUCUUUCUUCUUUUCCAUUUCUGGAUGAUAGUAUUUCAGACAACGCUAGUGGAGGAAUUACAGAAACAAUUGCCAAAAAUAAAAUCAAAAGGUCGGAUACUAUGCUUGUUGGUGUGAAUCCUAAGAGUCCUGGAGGGAAAUGUUGUUGGGUGGAUACUGGUGGAGCAUUGUUCUUUGAUGUUGCAGAGGUUCUACUAUGGCUAAAGAAUCCUGCUAAACUUGCUGGAGAUCCAUUUCAACAGCCUGAGCUAUUUGAUUUUGAUCAUGUCCAUUUCGAUUCUCAAACUGGAAGUCCAGUUGCUAUUCUGUAUGGUGCUCUUGGAACUGAUUGUUUUAGGGAAUUUCAUACCACGCUGGCUCAAGCUGCCAAGGAGGGAAAGGUAAAAUAUAUUGUUAGACCUGUUUUACCAUCUGGCUGUGAAGCAAAAGUUAGCCAUUGUGGUGCUAUUGGUUCUGAAGAAUCUUUAAAUUUGGGCGGUUAUGGUGUGGAACUUGCACUGAAGAAUAUGGAAUAUAAGGCUAUGGAUGACAGUGCAAUUAAGAAAGGUGUCACUCUAGAAGAUCCACGAACUGAAGAUCUUACCCAAGAAGUUAGAGGGUUCAUUUUCUCCAAAUUACUGGAGCGUAAACCUGAGCUUACAUCUGAGAUCAUGGCUUUCCGAGACUAUCUACUUUCAUCAACAAUAUCCGAUACGCUUGAUGUUUGGGAGCUAAAGGAUUUAGGACAUCAAACAGCACAAAGAAUAGUUCAUGCCUCUGAUCCUCUGCAGUCAAUGCAGGAAAUCAACCAAAAUUUUCCUAGCAUAGUUUCAUACUUGUCUCGCAUGAAGCUCAAUGAUUCAAUUAAAGAUGAAAUAACAGCAAACCAGCGGAUGAUUCCCCCGGGCAAGUCGUUAAUGGCUCUGAAUGGUGCUUUAAUCAAUGUUGAGGAUAUUGACCUUUAUCUGUUGAUAGACAUGGUCCAACAGGAGCUUUUAUUGGCUGAUCAAUUUUCCAAAAUGAAGGUUCCUCACAGCACAAUUCGGAAACUCUUGUCAACAAUGUCCCCUCCUGAGUCAAAUAUGUUCCGUGUUGAUUUUAGAUCAACUCAUGUCCAUUAUCUCAACAACUUGGAGGAAGAUGCUAUGUAUAAGCAAUGGCGAAGCAAUAUAAAUGAGAUUUUGAUGCCUGUCUUCCCUGGACAACUACGCUACAUCCGCAAGAACCUGUUCCAUGCAGUAUAUGUGCUAGAUCCAGCCACUAGUUGUGGUCUUGAGUCUGUUGAUAUGAUUAUCUCCUUGUAUGAGAACAAUUAUCCAGUGAGAUUUGGGUUGAUGUUAUAUUCUUCAAAGUUUAUCAAGAAAAUUGAAGUUAGUGGUGGCGACCUCCAUUUAUCUUCCAUAGAGGAUAACAGUCAAACUGAGGAGGAUUUAUCCAGCUUGAUCAUACGUCUUUUCAUUUAUAUUAAGGAAAACUACGGGAUGAAAACAGCUUUCCAGUUUUUGAGUAAUGUAAAUAGAUUACGUGUGGAGUCGGCAGAGUCUGUAGAUGAUGCUCCUGAGAUGCAUAAUGUGGAAGGUGGAUUUGUAGAAGCAAUUUUGUCAAAAGUGAAAUCUCCACCGCAAGAUAUAUUACUAAAGCUGGAAAAGGAGAAGGAAUUUAAGGAGUUGUCACAAGAAAGCUCCGUGGCUGUUUUUAAGCUGGGUUUGUACAAGCUGCAGUGUUGCCUCCUGAUGAAUGGUCUUGUUUCUGAUUCUAGAGAGGAGGCUCUUAUGAUUGCCAUGAAUGACGAGCUUCCAAGAAUACAAGAACAAGUUUAUUAUGGACACAUAAAUUCUCGUACUGAUAUCUUGGACAAAUUUCUGUCGGAAAGCAGUAUUAGUCGCUAUAAUCCUCAAAUCAUUGCGGAGGGGAAGGGGAAACCCAGGUUUAUUUCCCUGAGUUCGUCAGUUCUUGAUGGGGAAUCUGUAAUUCAUGAUAUUAGCUACCUGCAUUCUUCUGAAACUGUAGAUGAUCUGAAGCCUGUAACUCAGCUUCUUGUUGUUGACCUCACAUCACUGAGGGGAAUAAAGUUGCUUCAUGAAGGAAUUCUCUAUCUGAUUCGAGGGUCUAAAGUUGCUCGCUUGGGAGUUCUUUUCAGCGCCAGUCGAGAUGCAGAUUUACCUAGUCUCCUUAUCGCGAAGGUUUUUGAAAUUACUGUGUCAUCUUACAGUCAUAAGAAAAAUGUGCUGCACUUUUUGGAACAGCUAUGCUCAUUUUAUGAGCAGAGUGGCGUCCAUGCAUCUUCUCUAACAGAUGAAAGUUCUCAAGCAUUUAUAGAAAAGGUUUAUGAGCUGGCUGAUGCAAAUGAGUUAUCACAGAAGGCCUACAAAUCUGCUCUUACUGAAUUUUCCAUUGAUGCAAUGAAAAGACAUUUGGAUAAGGUUAUAAAAUUGUUGUACAGGCAAUUAGGGCUUGAGGCUGGUGUGAGUGCAAUUAUUACCAAUGGAAGGGUGACAAUUCUGAAUGAUGUUGGGACCUUUUUAAGCCAUGAUCUAAAUCUUUUAGAAUCUGUGGAAUUCAAGCAAAGGAUAAAGCACAUAGUGGAAAUUAUUGAAGAAGUCCAUUGGCAGGACAUAGACCCCGACAUGCUUACAAGCAAAUUUGUUAGCGACAUUGUUAUGACUGUCUCAUCUGCAAUGGCAUUGCGGGAUCGAAGUUCUGAAAGUGCUCGUUUUGAGAUUUUGAAUGCUGAUUAUAGUGCUGUUAUCCUAGAAAAUGAGAAUUCUAGUGUUCACAUUGAUGCUGUGGUUGAUCCUUUAAGCCCAGUUGGUCAGCACGUGGCUUCACUGCUUAAAGUUCUAAGGCAGUACAUUCAACCAAGCAUGAGAAUUGUACUUAACCCAAUGAGUUCUCUUGUUGAUCUUCCAUUGAAGAAUUUCUACAGAUAUGUAGUACCAACAAUGGAUGACUUCAGCAGUACUGAUCACACAAUAAACGGACCUAAAGCCUUCUUUGCUAAUAUGCCACUAUCAAAAACUCUUACCAUGAAUCUUGAUGUUCCUGAGCCAUGGCUUGUUGAACCUGUUAUUGCUGUCCACGACUUGGAUAACAUUUUGCUUGAGAACUUAGGCGACACAAGAACAUUGCAAGCAAUUUUUGAACUUGAAGCUCUUGUCCUUACUGGUCAUUGUUCUGAGAAAGAUCAAGAACCUCCCCGAGGUCUUCAGCUGAUCCUUGGAACUAAGGGCGCACCGCACUUGGUUGAUACUAUUGUGAUGGCCAAUUUGGGUUAUUGGCAAAUGAAAGUCUCUCCUGGAGUAUGGUACCUUCAACUGGCGCCUGGUCGAAGCUCUGAGCUUUAUGUUCUGAAGGAGGACGGCGCUGAAAGUCUUGACAAGCUCUUAUCAAAACGUAUUACUAUAAAUGAUUUCCGGGGCAAAGUAGUUCAUUUGGAAGUGGCAAAGAAAAAGGGCAUGGAGCAUGAGAAAUUGCUGGUUCCUAGUGAUGAUGAUAACCAUAUGCAUAGGAAUAAAAAAGGAACGCAUAAUAGCUGGAACUCUAACCUUUUGAAAUGGGCUUCGGGUUUUAUUGGUGGUAAUGGACUAGCUAAGAAGAAUGAGAACGUUUUAGUGGAGCAUGCCAAGGGCAGCCGUCGAGGAAAGCCAAUUAAUAUUUUUUCUAUUGCUUCUGGACAUCUGUAUGAACGUUUCCUCAAAAUUAUGAUUCUAAGUGUCUUGAAGAACACCCAACGUCCGGUGAAAUUUUGGUUCAUUAAAAAUUAUCUCUCUCCACAAUUUAAGGAUGUGAUUCCAUGUAUGGCACAAGAAUAUGGUUUUGAAUAUGAACUGAUCACCUACAAAUGGCCUUCCUGGUUGCAUAAGCAGAAAGAGAAGCAGCGAAUUAUAUGGGCAUAUAAGAUUUUAUUCCUUGAUGUUAUCUUUCCACUUUCUUUGGAGAAGGUUAUAUUUGUUGAUGCUGAUCAGGUUGUUCGAGCAGACAUGGGGGAGCUGUAUGACAUGGAUAUAAAAGGAAGACCUCUCGCAUAUACACCAUUCUGUGACAACAACAAGGAUAUGGAUGGAUAUCGAUUUUGGAGACAAGGUUUCUGGAAAGAACAUUUACGGGGAAGACCAUACCAUAUCAGUGCUUUAUAUGUUGUCGAUUUGGUGAAAUUCCGGGAAACUGCUGCUGGAGAUAAUCUAAGGGUUUUCUAUGAAACUCUUAGCAAGGACCCGAAUAGUCUAGCCAAUCUGGAUCAGGAUCUUCCAAACUAUGCUCAGCAUACAGUACCCAUCUUUUCACUUCCACAAGAAUGGCUAUGGUGUGAAUCUUGGUGUGGUAACGCCACAAAAUCUAAGGCAAAAACCAUUGAUCUUUGCAAUAAUCCUAUGACAAAGGAACCCAAGCUUCAGGGCGCAAAGAGAAUAGUUUCUGAAUGGGUGGAUCUUGACACCGAAGCAAGACAAUUCACUGGCAAGUCAGUUGAUGAAAUGGACCCUCAAGAGACUGCCGCAUCUACUAAUGAAUCACAGAACUCUGCAAGUGAAGCAAGACAAUUCACUGGCAAGUCAGUUGACGAAAUGGACCCUCAAGAGACUGCCGCAUCUACUAAUGAAUCACAGAACUCUGCAAGUGACAGCUCCUCUGAGGAAGAUGUGGAGUCCAAGUCCGAGUUAUGAUGAACUCAUUAUUAUACAUAAAAAUAGAACAAUUGUUCCGUGAGAACAAUCAUUCUUGGGAGGAUAGGCAGAUCUGAUGCAUCUUCCCUUGCACUUUAACCAUAUCUAAUAGGACUGCAUACUGUAAUUAGGAAUUUUGGCUCCAUAUUUUCCUGCGAGACAGGCAUGUACAAAACCAAGUUGGCUUUUGCAAAAAUUGCUGCAAAAGUAACAUAUAGGACUGUACAACUCAUUUAAGCUAAACCUAGAGAACUAGUUGGCUGGCAGACUCAUCUGCCUUUUGGUUCAGUGAACCCCAAUAUGAGUAGAGUACGCCCAAACGCCCGAGUUUUUUAGGCCGAGUCAUUUUAAGGAGAGAUAGUAUAUGUAGCUAAGUUCUGCAUUUUGAGAAAUUUUGUUGUAUAAUUCUCAGUGAGAGUAAUAAAAUCCUAAUAUUGAAUUCUCCUUUCAA